AUGGCUCCCACCAACAGCGCAGCCUGGAUCACCGCUGCAAAGGCCCAUCCACUGCAGGUCAAAGAGGCACCAUACACCCCUCCCACAGACAAUGAACUCGUCAUCCGCAACCGCGCGAUCGCAUUGAACCCUGUCGACUUUGCUCGACAGCUUCUGGGCGCGGGGCUGUUCCCCUGGACAACGUAUCCCGCUAUUCUGGGAACAGACGUCGCCGGAGAAGUGAUCGAGGUCGGGUCCGGAGCGGCAUCGAGAUUCAAGGUCGGUGAUCGCGUUGUCGGACUCGGCAGCGAGCUGAAGAACAACAACCCGGCCGAGGGUGCGUUCCAGGACUAUGUUGUCCUGCAAUCCCAGCUUGUAUCUCAAAUACCGCCUACGCUCUCAUUUGAAGAUGCCUCGGUGAUUCCGCUCGGGAUCAGUACGGCGUCCUGUGGUCUCUUCCAAAAAGACCACCUCGCUUUGCAAUUCCCUACCGAGCCCCGCGCUGCAUCAACCGGCCAGACCGUCCUGAUCUGGAGUGGCUCUUCCAGCGUCGGUAGCAAUGCCAUCCAACUCGCAGCAGCAGCCGGAUAUGAAGUCUUCACUACGGCGUCACCCAAGAAUUUUGACUAUGUCGAGUCCCUCGGCGCCAGCCAAGUUUGGGACUAUCGCAGCCCUACGAUUGUCGAGGAUAUCAUUGCCGCAUUCAAGGGCAAGAAAUCCCCCGGUGCUCUCGCCAUUGGUGAUACUUCUGGUGUCCCAGUUGGCGAGAUUGUCAGCCGCAUUGAGGGGAGAAAAUUCAUCUCGUUAGCCAAUCCACCAGCCGGAGGACUACCGGCAGGUAUCGAGACCAAGUUUAUCUUCGGAGGUGACUUGAAAGACAACGAGGUUGGACCGGCCAUUUUCGAUGCAUAUUUGCCCAAGGCCCUGGCGGCAGGCACUUACAAGAUCGCGCCCCCUGCGGAGGUUGUUGGAAAGGGCCUCGGAGCUGUUCAGAAGGCACUCGAUGAUCUGCAGGCUGGUGUUUCGGCGAAGAAGUUUGUCGUUUCCCUGUAG